AUGUCCAAGUUCUCAGUCUUUUAUGGAACAUUUGUAGAUACACCGGUUUUGGGCCAGCUAAGAAUUCGUCCCAGAACCAGCGUGGGAGUCAGCGUCGAUGGAAUUAUUCAAUUCAUACAAGCGGAAUCCCAAAAUCCAUUGCAAGAUGCACUCAAUUUCGAUCCAAGUCUGAAAUCGUGGGAAAUCAAUGUUGUGGACACUUUUGAUCAUCAGGGAACAACUUUUUUCUUCCCAGGUUUUAUCGACACACAUGUGCAUGCCUCACAAUAUCCAAAUGCGGGCAUUUUUGGAUCUUCAACCCUUCUUGACUGGCUCGAAACUUAUACUUUUCCACUGGAAGCAGGCCUCAAAAACCUCGAUAAUGCAAGGGCAAUUUACAGCAAAGUGCUCGACAAAACACUGGCUAACGGAACAACAACUGCGUCCUAUUACACAACUAUCGACGCAGACUCCUCGAAUCUGAUGGCUCAUAUGUGUGCGCAACGAGGCCAGCGAGCUUUUAUCGGGAAGGUUUGCAUGGACCAAAACUCACCCAAAUAUUACAUCGAAUCGCUUCCAGAGUGCCAGCACGCUGUUCAAAAAGUUGUUGGCUACAUUCAAAACGAGCUCAAAAACGAUAAAGUCAAGCCCAUUGUCACACCAAGAUUCGCCCCAACGUGUAGCAGCGAAAUGAUGACAUGGCUGGGUGAAUAUGCUCAAGAACAAAACCUGCAUAUUCAAACACAUCUGGGUGAAAACGUAAAGGAGCUAGAAUGGGUCAAGGAAUUGUUUCCAGAGUCGAAGUCGUAUACGGAAUUGUAUGACUCGCAUCAGCUGCUGACAGAAAAAACGGUGCUGGCUCACUGCAUACACUUGUCGGACGAAGAAUUGGACUUGAUCAAAAAGAAGAAAUCCGGAGUUUCGCAUUGUCCUAUCUCAAAUUCCUCAAUUACUUCAGGGGAGUGCCAAGUGCGUCGGAUGCUGGAUCAAAACAUCAAGGUUGGGCUGGGAACUGACCUUUCGGGAGGAUUUGACGUGAGCAUACUCUCUACUGCAAGACAAGCAUUGUUGGUGUCAAGGCACCUGGCCAUGAAGGAAUCGAAUCCGGCGAAACAAGAAAGUCUCAAACUUUCAGUGAACGAUGUACUAUUUCUAUCUUCGUUGGGCGGUGCCCAAGUACUGGACCUCGAAGGUAGCAUCGGUUCUUUUGAAAUCGGUAAGCAGUUCGAUUCGCAGUUGAUAGAUCUGAACGUCAAAAAUUCAAAAGUUGACGUGUUCGAUUGGCAAUUCGCGAAAUGGAGUGAAACGCACCGCGACGCUGAAAGUGAAGAGCUUUUCAAAGAUCUCAUGGCCAAAUGGCUAUUUACGGGAGACGAUCGAAACACAGUUCUCGUCUGGGUUGCUGGAAGACAGGUGUUUUCUAGUUUGGCCUAG